AUGUUAAGAUGUUUUGGUAAUGCGCUGUUGUUGGCGCUACUGCUGAGUACACGGUUGGUCAAGGCAGUUUACAACGACGAAGCCUAUACAAUUGACUGGCAAAGGGAAAAUAUUGGCGACUACCAAUGGGUGACAGAAGUUGAUGAUAAUACGUUAUUGGUUGUUUCUUCAUUUGACGAAACUUCUUUGCUUUGCUGGCUUAACAAGUCUAAUGGAGAAAUUUUGUCCAGACAGCCAAUCAACUACAAAGCAGUCAGUUUGGUGGCAACCAAUGAUUCUCAAAUAGUACUCAAGAGUGAAAGGGGCGAGUUACAAGCAUUUGAACUCAAGCACGGAUUCGAUUUAGGUCCAGUCUUAGCAGAAUCCAUUCAAUCCAACUUUGUUGAGGAUUUUUCCACUAUUUCGAUUCAAGAUAAAGAGCUCAAAAUGACUGAUAAAGAGCACGGUGAUGCAAAGAUCUUGAUUAAGGAUCUACCUACAGAUACUAUGUUUGUCAAAUUUUACAAAAAUGCUAACGAAUCAAUCGAGCUUCUGUUGGGUACUCCUUCUUCUCAAUACUACUACUAUGAGCUUGAGAAUAAUACCUUAUCUCAAAAGUGGGCGAGAGAUGAGUCAUUAACAGAUGUCCAAGCCUACACUUAUGCCUCAGUUAAUGAUGACUCGGCUGCUAAAAUUCUAUCAGAAUUAAAUGACGAAAAGAAGCUUGAUUUUUGGCAAGCAUAUUUGUUUAGAGUUCAACACAAUUAUCGCAGAUUAAAAGGGGCUCUUAUUGAGAGAAGGUUUUCCGUGGGUAGCUUUGUAAAAGAUCUAAUUGCUGAUGAUGAUGAGCAUGCGGUGAGGCAAAGAGAUAUUAAAUUCGGCCUUUUGAAGUAUCUGAUAAUUGCGACUAGGAAAGGAAAAAUUGCCGCUUUGAAUAGUAUCACCGGAGAAAAGGUGUGGGAGUUCGAGUCAGGAUUCAAUGACAUUAUAAGAUUGGACUCUUUGAAGAAUAAUAGCGAGUUGGUUGUUUUUACCAAAUCUGGUCCUUCCCUAGUGUUGGACACCUCUCAUAUAGGUGCAGUGCCUUCCAUCAAGCGCAAUCAGGUUGUAGUUCCCAGCACAGAUAUAGAAAGACUUGGUGAUAGUGAUGACUUCUAUGUCAGAACUGAGCAAGGCUUUCGUGUUAUUCUGAGGGGAGACGGUGAGAUCCAUAAUAAUGAAACUUACCUUUUAGAUCAUGACAAGCAUGGCUUGAAUGCAUUCAUAAUCGAGAAAGGAGACUUGAAGGAAAGUUGGAAGUUGGAUCUCAAACCUAAUGAAGAAAUAAUUGCUUUUGCCGCAAGGGAUAGAGAUCCCUCAGUCAGUUUAGGAAAUAUUCUGGGCAACAGAACUGUGCUAUACAAAUAUUUGUAUCCACAUCUCGCGAGUUACGCUAUUGCUGAUAGAUCAGUGGGCUCUCUUUCAGUACAUUUAGUUGACACGAUUACUGGAGAACUUCUUUACACCUCUUACCACGAAGACGGAGUAAAUUUUAACCUUCCAGUUAAUAUAUUGUUCGGGGAAUACUGGUUUAUCUAUACGUAUUUCAGUUCAGAACCUAUUCCCGAGCAAAAGAUAUCAGUUGUUGAGCUUUAUGAAUCCUUAGAACCCAACACACGCGUUUCCAACUCAUCAGAGGUGGCAAGCGCAUUAUCGAACACCAUGAAACCGCAAAUAGUUACAAAGGCCUAUUUUUAUCCUGAGGUUAUCAAGAAUAUGGUAUUGUCAAAGACCAAAUUUGGAAUCACCACAAAGGCCAUUAUUUUGGAGCUAGAAAAUGGACAAAUUACUUACUUGCCAAAAUACUUGCUAAGCGCAAGAAGACGCGAGGAAUCCCAAAUGAGUAAUGAUGACAAGAAGGAGUUUAUGGCAGCGCCAUAUCUUUCUGGCAUUCCAAUUAACGAUCAUGCGAUAAUUUCGCAUUAUAGAAGUUUAUUAAUGGGUUCCAAUUCAAUGCUUUUUUCUAUUCCAACAAAUCUAGAAUCCACAAGCAUUGUUUGUAACUUUGGGCAUGAUAUAUUCUGUACAAGAAUCUCACCUUCCUCUCAAUUCGACAAAUUGAGUCCAAGCUUCGAAAAGGGUAAGUUGAUCAGUACUAUUUUGGGUUUAUUAUUCUUGUGCUACUUUAUCAGACCUUUAGUUGAUACUAAAAAGUUGAAGUCGCAAUGGCAUGUCAAAGGAUAA